UUCUCAUCCAAGUAAGGAAAGAAAAAGAAAAAACCUAAAGUUAAAUCUUGAAAGAGGUACCCAUUGUUCGAGAAGAUUUGCAGGCUGAUAUAGUAUUCAGAUUUUGGGUGACUACGAAGGAAACCGUAGUCUUCCUCUCGCCAUUGAAGCACAUUCAGCGAUCUCGAAAACAUGUAUAGUCCCUUAGGCCCUAAUCCCAAUGCUCUUUGGUACUGCUGUUACUAGGUUUGUGUUGGUUUGGUCUGUUUUCCAAGCAUUCCGGACCAGAGGGAAGAAACGAAACAAAAGUUACCUGUAGAAUAGAGUUUUCUGAGCCAUUAAAUUGAAGUGAGGAUGGGAGACCAAGCUAGUGAAGAAUAUCAGAGGUCACUAGCAGCUCCUUUCAUAUUUUUUGUUGUUCUAGCUUUUCACUUUGCUUCUCAGCGGAUUGAUCAAUUCAAGAAGGGUGGAUCUGAUAAAGAAGAAAAAGCUAAGUUACAUAGAGAAAUAAAAGAACUUUUGAAGGAGGCAAGCUCAUUGUCACAGCCAUCAACCUUUGCACAAGGUGCAAAACUCAAGAGGAAGGCUGCUGCAAAGGAGAAGGAACUUGCAAAGUUUCGAAAUUUACACGACAAGGAUACUGCUUUGUACUCAAAAUUUCUGCUUAUCUCAAAGGUUUUAACAUAUCUCAUUUUCCUCAUGUGGUUUUGGAGCGUUCCUGUGGCUAGCAUAUCUCAACAGCUUGUCGAACCUUUUGGGAGAUUAUUAUCUUGGAGGACUGAAGGUAUUGAAAAUAACAAUAUUAUGGUUGGGAUAAUACCUUGGUUGAUAGUGUCUACAAGGGUUAGCAGAUUCAUUUGUAGACUCACCUAUGGCAAAUAGAUCGUGAUGUUCUUCAUCUAGAAUGACAUAACAUUACUAGCUGCUUGGACUGGUUUGUGUCCUGCAUUUAAAAUGGAGUGAACUAUGCUUUUCUAGAUUUGUACAAUUUGAAAUUUGUUCCUUCGAUCCUUGUCCGGUUCAUAACCAGUUUAUUUUAGUACAGACGACGUGUAAACUUCAUUCUGCAUAUGCAAGCAAAAUUUUCAUAUGCCUGUAAUAUGAUAGAGUUGCAGCCCCCACACUACCCCUAGUUUGGUCUCUUUUAAGGAAUUUUGUCUUCAAAUUCUUCUGGAUUAAUUAUAUUCAUUUGUUCAAUAGUAUUUAGUGUUGAAUUAA